AUGGCCGCCGCGCCGCGCUACCGCACCCGAUUGUUUGUGGCGGUGCAGGACGACGGUGAAGUAGGCUACCUCCUCUUCAAACUCAACCUCAAGCAUCUCUUCUCCUCCCAGGAGAAACCCCUACCGCAACCCGGCGUCCGCGUCGACUGCCCGUCGUCGCCGCCGCUGCUCAGCCUGCCUGACCCCGUCGCCUGCUUCAAGCAAGUCAACUCCUAUGAGAUUAUGAUGUUCUCGGAUUCUCCCUGCGGCAACUUCAUUGCCGGCAUUGGCACCAACGGACGGACCCUACUCUACAACGGCGCCGUGGUCUCUCGCGGCCCCGUCAUGCCCUCCGUUAAGCAAUUUGUCUUCCUCGUCCCCGUCAGCGAUCGCAUGUUCUUCGUCAUCUCCCCAUACCCCUCUUAUGACGUUCCCCCGGGACCCCGGUUCGAGGUUCUCCAGCAUCACCCUUGCCCCGACAACGGCGGCCGCUGGGCCUGGAGCGCCGUCCCUGAGCCGCCGGGCUUCGCCCGCUGCAAGCGGGCGGACGUCACGGCCUACUUCGUGUCUGACGUGUGCGUCUGGAUCUCCUUGCAACACCAAGGCACUUACUCCUACGACACGGUACGCCGCAGGUGGCGCGUGGAGGGCGCCUGGCAGCUGCCUAUCAAGCGCCGGGGCGUGCUGGUCUCGGACUUCCUCGGCACGGGCCGGCGGCUGCUCUUCGGCUUCCAUGCAUUAGAAGAUUUCAGAGGGAAACCCUUUUGCGCUGUCGACAUGGACAUCAGGCCGCCCGCGAUCGUCGCGACCUGGCCGGAGGCCUUUCCUGCCGAGCCGGCGUGGCGCGCCGGAUAUACAAUAUGCUCGCAUGUCCCCGAGGUGGGGUACUUUGGAGGCGGCAGGUUUUGCCUCUGGGUGACCAAUCACAACAACGACAAGACACAUCGCCGCAGUGUCGUCUGUUUCAUGGCAGUCGAGCUCUCCCCAGAGCUGCGGCUACUCGAGCGCAAAUUCACCUGCUACCUGCUACCCCUUAGCUCACGCCCUUCUCCUGCUGAUGUAAUAAUGUAG